UCCUCGCUUAGGUCCUUUCUGCUCUCUGUGCCUCUUCCGCUCCCUCCAUCACACCUGCCGGUCCUCUCGGCCCCUCUUUCCCAGAAUCGUCAAGCACCCAUCCCGGCCGGCGCCACAUCAGCAACCCGCGCUUCGCGGUCCAGGUGCAUUCCCACGGGCCCCCGUCUGCCCCGCGGCCAUGAGCUCCCCCAUCAGCAAGAGUCCUUCCCUGGCCGCCUUCCUACAGCAGCUGCGCUGCCUCGGGCAGCCCCCCAGACCCGUGACAUCGACGGCGUGCGCGCCCCCUCGGCCGCGGAAGGUGCCCCUCUGCCCGCUGAUGGAACGUGGUGAGGUGCAGAACGCCACUGCGCUGCCCGGCCCCACCAACUGGCCACUGCUGGGCAGCCUGCUGGAAAUUCUCUGGAAAGGAGGGCUCAAAAAACAGCACGACGCGCUGGCGGAGUACCACAAAAAGUACGGCCAGAUUUUCCGCAUGAAGUUGGGUUCCUUCGACUCGGUGCACCUGGGCUCGCCAUACCUGCUGGAAGCGCUGUACCGCACGGAGAGCGCAUAUCCCCAGCGGCUGGAGAUCAAACCCUGGAAGGCCUAUCGCGACUAUCGCAAGGAAGGCUACGGGCUUCUGAUCCUGGAAGGAGAAGACUGGCAGAGGGUCCGGAGUGCCUUUCAAAAGAAACUCAUGAAACCAGUGGAGAUUAUGAAGCUGGACAACAAAAUCAAUGAGGUCUUGGCUGAUUUUAUGGGUAGAAUAGAUGAGCUCUGUGAUGAGAGAGGCCACAUCGAAGACUUAUACAGCGAACUGAACAAAUGGUCAUUUGAAAGUAAGUUGUCUUCACAGCCUUGUUCAUUUGAUUUUGCAAGUGAUUCUGAGGAUAAAACAUGGCUCUGUGGACAAACAGCGAACAGCUUAAUGUGGAUUCUCUACAAUUUAUCCCGUAAUCCCCACGUGCAACAAAAGCUUCUUCAGGAAAUUCAGAGUGUAUUGCCUGAGACUCAGAUGCCACGGGCAGAGGAUUUGAGGAACAUGCCAUAUUUAAAAGCCUGCCUGAAAGAAUCUAUGCGGCUUACCCCGAGUGUGCCAUUUACAACCAGGACUCUUGACAAGGCAAUGGUUCUGGGUGAAUAUGCUUUACCCAAAGGAACAGUGUUGAUGCUGAAUACCCAGGUGCUGGGGUCCAAUGAAGAAAAUUUUGAAGAUUCAAGUCAGUUUAGACCCGAACGAUGGCUUCAAGAGCAAAAGAAGAUCAACCCAUUCGCACAUCUGCCGUUUGGCGUUGGGAAAAGAAUGUGCAUUGGUCGCCGGCUAGCGGAGCUCCAGCUCCACUUGGCUCUUUGCUGGAUUGUCCGCAAGUACGACGUCGUGGCCACGGACAACGAGCCCGUGGAGAUGCUGCACUUGGGCCUCCUGGUACCCAGCCGGGAGCUCCCCAUCGCUUUCUGCCAGCGAUAAGUGGCCUCAGAUUUUUUUCCUACCAAGACCUGGAGCAACGGUUUUUAUCCUCCCUGCAGGAAUGGUGCUAUGGCUUCUGCAUUACUCGAACGCAAACUUUAAAAGCCCUAGCAUGAAACAGCACCUGAAGGACACUGAGGCACAGGUGUUUAUACUCUGUCUUCUGUACAAUCAUCCCAGACGUGGUACUGUCUGUAUAGAUAAUGGUAUUUAUUAAGACUGUAUCUGUUGGAAUACAAGGCACUCUGCAGGGUACAAUGCUAGCUUCCACUUAACCGAUGUCAGCACCGUCCUGACUUACACAGAGCUACCUGUGAUCUUGUUUCCUCUUGCAUUUUCCAUGACAUGACAGGGAGGCUGGGCGCUUGUCAGUCAGUCAGGUAAAAAUCACUGGAUGUUUCUGUCCCUCCCCUACCAAAUUCACUGCUUGAAUCUUUACUUCUCAAAAGUAAGUUUCUAUUUAUUUCACAAUGAAAGACCCACUGUAGCUACAUUGUCUGGAGCUCGCAGUAGUAACAUCAACAAUCCAUUUAUUUUAACUCUGUUUAAUGUAAUAUUUGGAAAAAGACUUGCGUAAUAAUGUAAGCAAAGCUAAAUGUUGUCAGGUAAAAGUUAUCAGGUCUCUAUGAUGUUGCAUUUUUCCUGCUUUGAAAUAGAAACAUUAUUGGGAAAAUAAAGAAUACCUCUAUUUUAAGAAGUCCUUUAAUGAAGUCAAAACCUCUUAUCUAAGAAUACCUCAAUCAUUUACUGUGGCAUCAUUUUGUGAAAGGACCCAGAAAGUCUUUAUUUAGUUCACGUAUUUCCUCUAGGCAUUAAGGAGUGGACCAACAGUUUUUAAAUUGUAUGUUUAUGUGUGUGUAUUCUAAUGGCAAUUUGCUUAAGUCAUUUUUUAAAAUACAUAUGCUAUUCAACUUAGGAUCUCUGGUUUAGGGCAAUAUUCUAAAGUUUAGUCACAGCUUAAAAAUAUUCAGUGACUUUCCACACCUUAAUUUUCCCAUCUAUAAAAUAGAACAGUAGUGAAGUGUGCAUACAUUAUAGAUUAACCAUAUAACUCGUGAUAUGUGACUUAAACUCCUUGGGGAGAUGUGAUUUCAUAAAUGGAAAAUGCAUAGAGAUUUAUAAAACUUUCUUGAAACAUUGUGUUUACAUAUAGUUUAUUUACACACAUUUUUUACUACUAUUUUUCCUAAGAGCAUACUCUAUAUUCCUAUAUAUUUGAUAGUUUGCUUUAUAGGUUAUAUUUUUAGAAUAUUUCAGAAGUAUACAUUUAUAGCUUUAUAUUUGAAUAAAUAUGUACAUAUUGCUAAAAUGAGUAUAUGCUUUCUUCUCACUGUGAAAUUAUUUUUAGAAUUAUAAAUCUAUGUGUUGUCCGAUUUC